UCCCACAACGCACUGCGCGCGGUCACCAUGUGUGAUGUCGCUCUGCUCGGGGUCUCUGAAUGACAGAAAGGACAUGAAUAAAUGCGUAUGUGUGUGGUAGGGAAAUCUCAUCACUCCUGUGUGUAGCUGUGCACAUUUCUCGUGCUUCGUGUAUUUAGACACUGGACGGGUGCUACUUUGAUUAGUUUAGCAGCUCAGUCAGUAGACAUCACUUAGCAAAGCUAGCGGCUCACGUUUGGUGACUACCCAAACACUUCACAAGUUCAUACUAAACAUUUUAAAAACGAUUAUUUUAGGAGGUGCUGAACCGAUGGGAUAUUGAAGUCAGGUCCCUAUCCGACUGUGCUCUUGUUUCUCUGCUGGCAGACGGUUGGGAGCAGAAGCUUGUUUGGGAUGCAGUGUUUAGUGUGUGUGAGAGUCCUCCGGCAGCCUGCUGUCCUGCUGCAGAUCAGUCCUCCGUCCUGCAGCCGUCCCGCACAGAUGCUGGCUCCCCACAGCUGCCUGAAACGCCUGAGCUCCAGCCCGCGCUGGCUGAGCUCUCAGAGAGAUCAUCCAGGAAACCCUGCUCCGGUGCAGGAGGAUCCAGACCCUCUGCAGGACAAGUCCAUCGGCCUCAUUCAGAGAUUCAAGAAAACCUUCAAGCAGUACGGCAAAGUCGUGAUCCCUGUGCACCUGCUGACCUCUACAGUGUGGUUCGGCACAUUUUACUACGCUGCCAUGAAAGGGGUGAAUUUGGUACCAUUCCUGGAGUAUGUUGGGUUUCCUGACAAGGUGGUGAAACUCCUGGAGAAUUCCCAGAGUGGCUACGCACUGACCGCUUACGCCAUGUACAAGAUCGCCACACCUGCGCGCUACACGGUGACUCUCGGAGGAACGUCUCUGUCCGUGAAGUACCUGAGGAAGCACGGGUACAUGUCCACCCCUCCACCUGUGAAGGAAUACCUGCAGGAGAAGAUGGAGGAGACCAAAGAGAGGAUCUCUGGCAAGAUGGAGGAGACCAAGGAUCGUAUAUCCGAGAGGAUGGAGGAAACGAAAGACAAGUUCACAGAAAAACUUCAAGAAACCAAAGACAAAGUGUCUUUCCGAAAGAAAAAGGAAUAGGUUUAUAGACUUACUCCCCACAUAGUUUCAUGAAGAUUCACGUUAUUUAAAAGUUAUAAUAAUACACUUAAGGAAACAUGUUUUAUGCAUAUAUGAAAUAGUGUAAUGUAGCCUCUACACUCACUGUUAACAAAAUAUGCUAAACUAUCACAACAAGAUUAUGGUUCAUAAAUUGACCAUAGUUUCUAGAUAUAAAAUAUCACAGUCUGCUGAAAGCCUUUGGACUCUACUUGGAGUGUUUUUAACGGUUAAGAGUGUGUUUUCUAAAGAGAACGGCAGGUGUAAUGUGUCCAGUAUCAUAUUAUGUAAUAAUUAAUUUGAGUUGACCACAUAACACUGGAUCUUAUUUAAAUGAAGGAUUCUAAAGUCACAGAUUUGACACAUACGUGACUGAGAAUGAAAUGGGUGUGUCAUUGAAUUUAUUCUAUAUUGGUAUUACGCAAAAGCUGAAAUUGUACGUUAAGAUGUAAUCCAGCUUAUGUCAUGGUUUAAAAUAAUGAAAAAAAUGAAUACAGAUAAAUUCACAAAUAGUGCUGACGUUCAUUCUGUAAAUCAGCAACAGCCUUCGUCUUGUUUCCGUUUUGGUACACUCCUGCCACAUUCAUGCGUGUCAUUUAUGCGAGCUCAUGUUCCGAUGUCGAUGUCUGUGGAGUGUCACAUUUCUCAAGUCCUUUUUUUCCUUAAUUUUGCAUAGUGACUAAUGAAGUUUAAUAAUAAUGGAACUGAUUAUCCGGCUGCUGAUGCACUUGGGCUUUUGGGGUCUGAUGGGAUUGUGAGGCCUUUUAUUGUCUGAUGACGGAUCUUCCACUUGGCUGCCUGUCACCAAUAACAAUAAAAAAGAUAUUGUUUCACAAAG